AUGACCUGGUCAGCUAAUUCUGCUACCGUAACGCUAUCUCGUAAGUCAUGUAAAUAUGGUUAUUUAUUUGUUGCUCCUGCUGAGCUAAAUUUUUCCGAUGAACACGAUCGAAUACGCAAAUGGCAAUGGCGACAUUUCGUAUUGUUUGAUGAUGGUGAAUUAACAUAUUCUCUAGAUGAAAAUCCAUUUACUCUACCUCAGGAACGAAUUGAUUUACGUAAAUGUUCAAUCGUUCAAUCGAGUGAUGAUUACACAGGUCACUCGAAUUCUCUUGAAAUUCAGUUGAACAAUUCAAAACAAUAUUUCAUAAAAUCAACAUCAAAAGAUGAUAUUCGAAGAUGGCAACAAUUACUAAUCCAAUAUUCUUCAAAAUCAGCAUCAUCCACACUAAAAAGUUCUUCUGGUCGGCAUUUAACAUCUGUACUUCUUACACAAUAUCAACCUUCAGAUCCAUCAUUACUACCAUCUAAUCAGGAAAAUCAACAGGAAAAAAUCAUUUUAUAUCCCUCAAAAACUGUACAAAAUUCUACCAUAGAGUCAAAUCGUAUACGUGAUGCAUCUGUCAUUCGUUUAAGACGUAAAUUAAAUGAAUUAUCAUCCGAGUAUGCCGAUGAAACAAAAAAACGGGAACAAUAUUUAAACAAUAUAAACAAAUUUAUUUCAACAACAACAACUCAACCACGAACCUGUUUAGAUUUAACAAAUUCACAUUCAAACGAACGAAAAACCAAACAACAAAUACACAAAGAGCGAAAAUUAAACACGGAAAGAAGUAAAUCAUUGCCAAGAGUUUCAUUAGCCGAAGAUAAUCCCGAACAAUCAUCAACAAAAGAGAAUAUGAACAAUUAUAAUAAGCAAAACGAUGAGAAAAUUCAUAGUAUAAACGGAACUGUAAUUCGCAAAGGAUGGUUAUCAAAACUGGAAAAAAAUCAAAAAGAUUGGCGUCGAUAUUGGUUUAUAUUAACAGAAGAAUCUCUGUUUUAUUAUCAAGAUGAAAAUGUUGACGAAAAUCAAACGUCUGCAGGAAAGUUUGAUUUAAUCUAUUGCAACUCUGUCGAAGAAUUACCUACAACAGACAAUAACGCGUUUGUUAUAAAUACUAGUUAUGAACAAAUACAGCUAGUUGCUGUAACAAGCGGCAUUAGAAAAAAUUGGAUUGAUUCUUUAGUACAAUGCAUUAAGCAGGUAAGGUUGACAAUAUCGAUACGAAGCAAAGAAAUUUUAACGCGUAAGUUUGAUACCCUACGUUCUCAUUUGGAACAUAUUAAAAAUGAUUAUCAUUACCUAAUGGAAAAAAAAAAUCAGAUGGCGGUCAAUAAAUCAGAUGACCAAAUUAAACAUGACAAAGUUAGCGAAAAUAAUAAGACUAUAAGAUCCGUCAUCUUCUAUCCUGAAAAUUCAAGUUUAACCGAUGAUCUUGUUCCAUCAAAAGAUAUUUUACCUAUCGCUACUAUUAUGACAAAUUCACAGAAAAUAUCACCAACUAAAGUACUCAAACAUUCAACUCACUAUGAUCGAGAUAACCAUCAUGCGGUAAUAUCGACUGAUUUAGUUAAAGUUGUUCAUAGUAAACAAGAAAUGAUUUCACAGUUGGAGCAAAAACUAAUGGAAACAGAACAAAAAUAUCAAAAUUUAAUGAUACAAUUUAAACAAAAUAAUUUACAGUUAAAAUAUGAUAAUGAACGUAAAGAAAAUCUAAUAUUGCGUGAUAAAUUAGUUAAAUUAGAAGAUAAAUUAUUUGAUAGUGAUCGUCGCAGUCAAAUUUUAAAUGAAUUGAAAUUAGAAGUCGAUCAAAUGCAACAAGUAUUCGAUAAUCUAGAAAAAGAAAAUAAUCAAUUGAAUGAUCAAUUAUCAACUUUAAAAGAUAAUUGUUCAAUAUUAGAAGAAGAUUAUAAAACAGCUCAAAUGAAAUUAUCGUUAGCAAACAAACAAAUUGAACAAUUAGAAAAAUUAUUAGAUUCACCUGUUGAAAAGAAGACAAUAGCAGAAUAUAAAAAUAAAUCAGGCAAGAUAAAUUCUACUAUGACCAUGAGCAAAAAAAAAGAAGAAAUAUUGUUAUCUUGUUUAGAUGAUGAUACAAAUAUAAUUGAAAAAUUACGUGAAGAUUUAUUGUUGGCCGAUUUGGAUAAUUCUGAAUUAAACAAAGAAAAUCGCGAUUUAUAUUUUCAGUUAAAACAAGCUUUAGAACAAAUUCAACAGUUAAAAUCAACAAAAAUAUCAAAUAGUUUAUAUCGUUCUCAUAGUCAAAUUGUAUCAUUUCCUUAUCAAUUAUCAAAUUCAGAUCCAUUACUAACACGACAUGAUCAAUAUGAUCGACUAAUAAAUAUAUUUAGAUCAAUUCGUACAAUAUUAAUAGAUGAAUAUACACGAUUAGUCAAUUUUAUUAAUCUAUUUAAAGAACAUAAAGAUUAUUUAAAAGAUCUGGGUCAAGUACAUAUCGAUCAUGUUCAUUUAAAACAAUAUUUAAAUUUAAAUUCAGAAAAAAUAAACGAAAGAGUUAAUCAUCUAGUCAUUGAACAUAUUUAUAUGUGUGCUGCUAAUUCAAGAUCAUUUUUAAAGAAAUAUUCACAUUUAUUUGAACAAUUAAAUCAAAUAGAAUUUGAACCAUCAUUGAAUGAACAAUUAGAUCAAACAUUGAAUAUGUAUUCGAUUAUUAAUAAUCCAUUGUUAACAAAAAUGAAGAAUAUAUUUGAUCAAAAAUCACUAUCGUCUUAUAUGGACGAUGAAAAAUUAAGAAUAUUAGAAAAGUUAAAUGAAAUAUGGAAUCAAUAUGAGUUAAAUGCAAGAGUAAAUUUAAACAAUAUCAUUCAAACAAAGUAUGAUCAAUUGAUCUUCUUUCAUUCAAAAAAUGAAUUAAUGAAAGUAGUUCUUGAAUUUUAA